GGGGGGUCUUGGGGUGCCUGAUUUACAAAGAAAAAACUGGGCAAUGUUAGGAAAAUUGUGGUAUAGGUUAGGUGACGGGGUAGAGAGCUUAUGGAAAAGGGUGGUGAGGGAGAAAUAUUAUGGAGGUAGGAGGGAGGUCGAUAUUACUUCGGUAGAGCGAUUCAAGGUGUCAAAGAUUUGGAGGGACAUUAUUAGGAUAGGGGGCCUCUCCCGCAAUCUUAGAAAUAUGUUGGUUGAGGGUUUCAAGUGGGAAGUGGGAAAAGGUAAUAAAGUGGGUUUUUGGUCUGAAAGGUGGAUGGGCGUAAAAAGCCUUAGAGAUUUAUUUCCAAGGUUAUUUGCAUUAUCUGUAAAGAAAGAAGGAAAGGUUUCCGAAAUGGGGUAUUGGGAAGAGAGGAAAUGGAGUUGGCGGCUAGAGUGGAGGAGGGGUACAUUAGGGCGAGAGAAAGAUGAGGAGGAGAUGUUGGAGAAAAUGCUGGAGGGUGUCAAUCUAAAGGAGGGGGCAGGGGAUGUUUGGAAGUGGGUUCAUGGGUUGGAUGGCAAAUAUGGGGUAAAACUAGCGUAUGAUUUCUUAGCUUCUUCGGAGACUGUUUUGGAGAACCAGUUAUGCAAAUUAAUAGGGUGCAGAUUGGUGCCAUCCAAAGUGGCGUUUUUUGGGUGGCGAUUGUGCUUAGAUAGACUCCCAACAAAGGAAAACUUGCAAAAACGUGGGAUAUUGCUUCACGAGGGGGUGUUGAGUUGGUGGGGAUUGAAGUCUGUUUUGCCUAACACAGUAGGGGGCAUGGCAGAGUUCUUCAUUGGUAGUUUGGGAAGCAUAAUUGGAAAGGAGAUGGGUUCUUGUAUUUUCCUAGUGGUUGCUUGGUAUUUAUGGUAUAGACGGAAUGCCCAAGUGUUUCGAAAAGAUGAAGGUUUACCAGAAAACCUACUGGAAAGGAUGCAAGUUAAAACAUUUAUAUGGAUAAAAUCCAAAGUCAAAGGCUGUGUUUUUUCUUUUUACGAAUGGCAAUCAUGUCCAAUGGAGUGUGCUCUGGCUGUCAAAAAUCAUAAAAGGCUGAGGAAGCAGUUCUAUAAAGAUCGCGUACCCUCUAGUGGAAAAAGAGUGCUAUGGGAGGAGCUGGGCAAGCUGAUCACUAGUAAAAGAGGCAAUUGGAUUUUGGGGGAGGAUUUCAAUGCAGCAAGAACAGUAGGGGAUAGAGCAAGAUGCAGUGGGAUAACCAGGGAAAUGAGGGAGUUUGAUAGCUUUAUCCAUGUCACAGGGCUGGUUGAUCUUCCAUUGGCGGGUAGAAAAUAUACCUGGCACAGUGCAAAUGGACAGCAUAGGAGCAGGAUAGAUAGGUUUUUGGUUUCGAAAGAAUGCCUGCAAAAGUGGAAUGACUUUAAACAGUGGGGAUUGGGGAGAUCAGUUUCCGAUCAUUGUCCAUUACUCUUGAAAAAUGAAAAGAUAGAUUGGGGUCCAAAACCUUUUAAGUUUUUUGAUGCCUGGUUGGAACAUCCUGAUUGCAAGGAAAAAUGGAGUGCUAAUCACACAGCUGAAGUUGACAGAAGAAUAAGUGAAGCAGAAAGGAUCAUAGCUGAAAUGGAUGAAAAAGAAGAGCACAGCCAACUCUCAGAAGUAGACAUUGAAAAAAGAAGGAAUGGAUUCCUGGAUCUUUGGAAGAACAUGAAGAUUCAAGAGAGCAUGUGGCAGCAAAAAUCCAGAAAGAUGUGGCUGAAAGAGGGGGAUGCAAACUCAAAGUUUUUUCAUAGAAGUGUGAAGGGCAGAUGGAGGAGAAAUGAAAUCAACAGCAUUCAGAUUAUGGGAGAUCAAUGUAGAGGUGUGAAUGAGAUCAAGGAAGGUGUGAUGAAUUAUUUCAAGGGAUUAUUCUCGGAAGAAGAGUGGCAGCGACCAAAGCUAGACGGCAUCAGCUUCAAACAGAUAGACAAAGCAGACAAUGAUUUUUUUAUGGCCACUUUCUCAGAAGAGGAUAUUAAGAACACAGUGUGGGAUUGUGACUCAACUAAGUCCCUUGGGCCGGAUGGCUUCAAUUUCAGGUUUAUAAAGGAAAUGUGGGAGGAAAUAAAACAGGAUGUCAUUGGCUUCGUGCAGGAAUUCCACGAGCAUGGCAAGCUGGUUAGAGGCUCCAACUCCUCCUUCAUCGCCCUGAUCCUUAAGGUUGAAAACCCCUAUAGAAUCAAAGACUACAGACCUAUAUCACUCAUUGGAGUCAUGUAUAAGAUACUAGCUAAGCUGCUAGCAAAUCGCCUCAGGAAAGUUCUAGACAAGAUCAUCGGGGAGCACCUUCCCGUGUACCUGAUGUCAGCCUACAAAAUCCCUAAAGGUAUUCUCUUCACUUUAGAUAAAAUUCAUAAGAAUUUUUUAUGGGGAGGGAUGGGGGAGAGGAAAAAAAUCGGUUGGGUCAAGUGGGAGAGGGUAUGCAGGAAAAAGGAGUGUGGAGGUCUAGGAGUGAAGGACUUGAGGAAAUUCAAUAUGGCGUUGUUGGGUAAAUGGUGGGGGAGGUUAGCAAAAGGGGAAGAUGGGCUAUGGAGCAAAGUGAUGUCUAGUAAGUAUGGGGAGAAUGGAGGGCAUUGGUUGGAUUGGGAUGGCUUUACGGAGGGUUUUAGGAUUAAGGUCGGUGAGGGGAAAAGAGUGAGCUUCUGGUGGGAUGAGUGGUGUGGGGAGAGCUACUUGGCUAAUAAAUUUCCUAGAUUGUACAUCUUGUGUACAGGUAAAGACGAAGAAUGCUUUCAAAUGGGAAGGGCUCUCAAUGGGACAUGGAGAUGGAACUUGACAUGGAGAAGAACCUUGCAUCAGUGGGAAGAUGAGACUGCAAAAGAACUUCAAAACAUGAUCGAGAAAGUGAGAAUAUCCCCAGGAAGCGCAGACAAUUGGGAGUGGAUACACAGCCCCGACGGAGAGUACUCAACAGCAACAGCCUACGCACUUCUAACAAAUCAGAGGAGGGAAGAGGAGGAAGCAGAAAUAUAUAAAAGAAUAUGGAAUCCUAACAUUCCAUCUAAAGUAGCGGCUUUCAACUGGAAGGUAUUACUUGAUAGAAUCCCAACCAAGCUAAAUUUGUUGAAACGUGGGGUCAUCAAGGAAGAGGAGGAAAGGAAAUGUGUUCUGUGUGAAGAGGAAAAGGAAGACUCUAGCCACCUAUUCUUAAAUUGCAAAAUAGUCAAAUGGCUAUGGAGAGCUUGCGCAAACUGGUGGGGCAUCGAGGUAGGACUACAAAAUGAAUGCAAGAAGACGUUUCAACUCUUUGGCGCCUGGACCAAAAAGUCCCACAAAAGAGAAGGGUGGGACUGUAUUUGGAACGCAGUUAUAUGGAUAGUGUGGAUGGCACGAAACAGAAAGAUCUUUGACAAUGUAGAGUGUGAAGUAGGAGGGGUUUGAAAGAUGGUAGUAACACUAAUAGUGCUUAUUUCUGUAAACUGUGGGGAUUAGUUGAUGUUCAUGUAAAAGGGCUUGAGUACCCCUUGUACUCAGGAUAGUAAUGAAACUUUUGCUGUUCA